GUUAUGUACAGACGUGGUGGCAUUCUAGCAUUCAUAUCAAAGAAAAGUAGUGCUUGUGCCGCCGAUCAAGGGAGCUCACGAACCGUACGGAAGAGAAAAGAAAAACGUGGUUUUUGGUUUUUGGGGUUUUUGGAUUGGAAAAUUGUUAAAUACAUAAGAAAGGCUUUUGCAAAAAGCAGAAAAGAGAAAAAAGAAGAAACUGGAAAAAGUCAGUUGCAAAAAAUAAACUGAAGUAAAAGAAAAGCGGGUUUUUUCUAAUUUAUACCGUGAAAGGGAUAUAGAAAUACCGUUAAGAGAAAAACAGGAAAAACCUAAAAAAGAAUUCUUGCAAACGGAAAGAAAAUGGAAACUCAAAACACAACUCAAACUCCAGCAGCAGCCGAGGCAGCCACUACCAAUGGCGGCAACGCAACUCAAGAAGUCUCGUCCACAACUCAAGCUGUGGAGCUGACCAAGCGUUCACUUCGUGUCCAGACUUGGAAGAAAAUUAAGGAUGAUAAACUUGGGGUUCACAGUGGUACAAUUUUCAAUCGCAUACCCACUUUCGUGGAUAGUGGCAAAGCCGUGGAUUUAUUGGUCGAAACUGACGAGUUUAAGAAAGCCAAGGAAAUUAAGGUCCAAAUUGAUCGCGCACUGAACGGUGCUCGCUUGCAAACGUUAUUGUCUGGCAAAAACUUGUAUUUGCCCAGUACACGCAAUUCCAAGGCUGUGUGCUUGAAGGUCGAUGUACCAGAAGAUGCCAACGAUGAGAAAAAGAAAGAAAUACUUAAUGUCCGGAAUUUGGAUGAGUAUCGCACUGAAAUUGGCCUCGAUAGCAAAAUUGUAUUUGAUAUGGUCAUUAUUGGCUCGGUGGUAGUGUCCCGCGACGGCUAUCGCAUUGGUCGCGGCAAUGGUUUCAAUGAUUUGGGUCUUGGCCUUCUCAUCGAGCUGGGUUCGAUCACACCAAAUACCAUUAUUGCCACUUUGGUCCAUGAUACUCAGGUUGUCGAUAGUUUGCCAACAAAUAUCUUCCAGAAACACGAUGCACCAGUUGAUUUGAUUGUAACACCAACCGAGGUAAUUCGUGUUGCCAAACGUCUACCACGUCCAGCUGGCUUGUAUUGGGAAUUAUUGUCUGAGCGUCGCCUCAAAAUUGUACCUGUACUUGAAGUGCUUAAAGAGACCAAGGAAAAGGAAGGCAAAAUUAUCACACUCAAGGAGGAAGAUACUGACAUUGAACAGGGUCGCACACGUCGUCGUUUUCCAUCACGUCGUCGUUUCGGCAAUCGUCGCUUCCAACGUCGCCCCCUAUCACAAAAUAAUGCGAAUGAACAACAGGGUGACAAUGCUCAGUCACAGAAGCGUAAUGUGUCGCGCAGAAGACGUUUCAUGAACAAUCGCCGCAGACGUCCAACAAAGUCCGAAGGCGAUCAAUCUGGCGUUGAAUCGAAAAGCCAAGAACGCAAAUCUGGCGAAGGUGGUAACAGAAGAAUGAGACCACGCAAAAACCGUCCACCCCGUGAUUUCUCAGUUAAACUCACCAAUAUCACACGUGAUGUUCGCGUCAAGGAUUUGAAGAGUGAAUUGCGCAAUCGUGAGUGCCAUCCUAUGGCCAUUACAUGGAAGGGUAGCUACGGACGCUGCUAUUUGCACUUUGGCAAUCGUAAUGGCAAGCCCAGCACUGAAGAAGACAUGAACAAAGUGUUGGAUGCCUUGACCAAUCUAUCGCUGACCAUCACACCCGAAACGAAGGUUGCUGCCGAAGAGGGCGCCACAAAUGGUGAAGGUGGAGCUGAGGCACCGGCUGCUCCAGCUGCUGGUGACGAUGCCAACAAAACACCAAAAGUUGUCAACCUCACAGUGGAGCUGAUCAAAUACGACAAAUCAGCAAAGAAGAAUGCCGAUGAUGCAGCUCCAGGUGCCGCUGCCACUGUCAAUGGUGGUGAAGCAGCCGCUGGCGGUGAUGCUAGUUCGGCCCGCAUUGAGUCUGUUGAUACCACAACGGUAUAGUGUGAGAUGCGAGCUGUUUUAAAACGGCUAUAUUUUUGGUUUGGAUAUUUGGAAGCGUGCAUUUUAGCAUCAAAUGGAGAAAUACUUUUUUAGCGUCAAUGAUAACGAGAAAUAUUUUCGCGAUUCUCUCUCGAAAUAUGAUUAAAUGAAUGAAUGAAUGAAUGCUUCUACUAAUUCUACUGUUUAAAAAUUUUCACUUUUUAUCACACUUAAUCUAUUGUAUUGAAAAUAUCACCGACCCCAACCCCGACCCCCUGAACUAUCUGGACAAUUAUUGAUGAAUACGCUUUUUUCCCCAAUAUUUGUAGGUUUUUUUUUCUAAACUUAUUUGUUUAAAUUUCUCUAUAUGAUUUAUUUUGUUUUUUCUUAUUUAUUUGUACAUUUAAUUGCAAUUGCUGCAGUCCUGCUCUCGAUGCAUUUGUUUGUUAUUUAAAAUAGGACUUAACCAUUAUUUCCAUUUGAUCAUGAUGAAUACUCUCUCCUGUGGACUUUGUCUCCCUAUGAUGGAUGUUCCACAUUGUUAGAUAGUUUUAUAAUGCUACCACAGAUUAAUUGAAUUUGUUUUGAUAUUUUUUUUUUGUCUUUGUUUAUUUAAUUAUAUUAUUAUUAUUUAAUGGAUUUUGCGCAACCAUCCAAUCAACCAAAACACGUUCUCCAAAUGUCCACAACCAUGAAAGAAAAACAACAACAACAACAACAAAAACAAUUAUUACUUGAUUGUUAAAACGAAAAUGUGGGUGAUGUCAUUUGCUGGAGGGGAUGGAUGCAAUACGCUUUUUCCGGCAGCUGAGCUGCCGGCUUAGGUUGCGUAUCUGUGUCCACUCUCUGGCAAUGCAUUACUGACUAUCUUUAAUAAUAAUAAUAACAACAACAACAAAAACAA